UUCAUGUAAAAAUAUGCUUCUCACAAAAAUUUCUCUACAAAUGUGCUAUGAGUUAAGGAACAUGAGGCUUUGAAGUAACUUGGAAAGACAUGAAAGAAAGUUAAACCGUAGUGUAAUAUUCCAGGAUCAGAUUCUGUACUCUGAGGAUGCUGAACUCCACAAGUCUUCACUGUUUACCUCUGGUGUCCUAAAUAUCACCAAGGUGCUGCAUUCAGUGGGGUCUUAGAAUUUCUAGAAAUUAUCCUCAGAAUGUAGCCUACAUCGGGGCUCCCCCACCCCCAUUUGAUCUGGAACCACAAAAGAUGGUAAACAACUGGGUAUCGUAGUUUAAAAAGAGUAAAUAUCCUACCUGGGUAUGGUGACUCAUACCUGUUGGCCAGGUACUGGGAGGCUGAGAAGAGCGUGAACGUCUAAGUCUUGUAGAUGCAGGCAAGUCUGAGGAAAAAAAAUUAGUUUGUGUACUUUCCACCUGUCUCUGUCUAAUGCUUGUGAUGGAGAGUGUAUCAGAGUACCACGGAAAGAUGGAGAGGAUCCCAGGAUAGCAUGCAUGUAAAGUAUUCAUCCGUGUAUUCUCAUUCAGACACGGGGAAGAUGCUGAUCCCAUUGUACAGAUGGGGAAUUAGGCAACUUUAGGGAAAGUCUAGGACCCAGAUUGCCUAAGUUUAGAGCCAGUGAUGAUCAAUGUUUUAGGAUACCAAUUAGAUGUGAAGACCGGAAUGGCAUGGCAUUUUGGAGUCAUGGGCUUUCAGUGCAGAGGGCUCAGUGACGGGCUUGCUGGGGUGACCCAGGUAUGCACACAGCUCUGCAGCCACACCCCAAAGCUCUUCUCGCUGCAUCCCCCUCCCCAACCACCCACCCUCUAGUGUUAUUGUUUUCUGUGAUUCCAAUGGCACAGACCCUUGCGUUUCCAUCAUGACUGUUGUGUAGAAUCUGCUUGUCUGGCGUCUGCUCUGAGUCCCAGCCCCUUCUGCACAGCGGAUACUUUUCUCGCCCACAGCACCAUUCACAAAUUAAUGGCCGAUUUGGUUUUUUUCAGGUUGGGUUUACUCAGGAAUCAUCUCCAUGUAGUGACGCUUUAUCUGAAUGUGCAGUUGGGUGGUCUGUCUUACAGACAAGCAGAGGCCAUUCAUACUUCCCUAGGAAGGCCCUUCAUGGCCCUUUGCUUAGUCCUCAGAUCCUUGGCAACCAUUAAUGUCCUCUGUGGAACACCGUCCAGAUGCCUCGUGGUGCAGAAUGUUGCCUUUUGUGCCUUCGUGCGUUUAGUGUAAUGCCUGUGCCAUAGAGCAGUGGUAUAGCCACGGGCUGGUAAAUGGUAACAACUGUGGCAGUUGUUCUAGGGUAACAGUCACCAUGGCCUAUAUUAAGCUUCAUUAAACAACAUGAGAAAGUUCUGAGAACUCACCCAAGGGCUCUGUAUAGCUGGUACCAACCAGCUCCAGCAAGCACUGAGUUUCCUUUUACCGCUAUAGCACUAGGACUCUUUAGCAUGGUCCUACUUUUUGUCUAUUCAUGAUUGAUACAGAUUUUGGUUAGUUAUGAGUAUUAUGAGCUAUUUUAACCUUCAGCAUACAGGUCUGGUUUUCUUGACUCAAUAUGCAGAGGUGGGACUUUAAGGUCCUAUCAUGAGCAUCAGUGUGCUUUUAUCCACCAGACCACUUAGCACGCUUGCCAGCAAUGCCGCCGUUCCUGUGUCAGCACCUGUUCUUGUUGGCUAAUACUUUAGCCAUUUAUUGUGUGGCUAUUAUGUGGUCAUAUGCUUUUAAGACUUUUGAUUUCGUAGUUCUUAUUUUCAGUAGUAUUUGGGACAACAGGAAGUUUAGGACAGACAUUCCUCAAAACACAUUUUUGUCUUAGUUGCCCGCUACGGUCUCACUGUGAUGGCCAUGGCACAGUCCAGGGUGUUUCCUGGGCGGCUUAGUAUUUACUUACCUUUCAUGUUGUGAAGCUAGCUUUUAGUAAAGAGAUCACUACGAAAUUUUGGUUCCAGCUUUUACAAAGGCUUGAAAAAAAAAAUGCAAGUUUCUGUGCAGCUUGGGUUUCAGUUUGACUUUGCACUGAAGAGCUUUCACCACGGUUUGUUUUUAAAGCUUAGUGGACUGAUUUCUUACAGUUCUAAAGCUGAAGCCAGGUGUGAUGCCAGCACUUGGGAGAUGGAGGCAGGCAACCAGGAGUUUAGGGCUAGCCUCAGUUAAGCGGCAAGUUCGAGGGCAUGCUGUAGUUCUGUUGUAGGCAAAAUGUUGGGUUCAAUUAUAUUUACUCAUUAUAAACAUUUAAAAUUUAAAAAUACUUAAAUUUAACUAUGUAUACAUGUGUAUGCAGGUGCCCCUAGAAGCCAGAGGUAUGGGACCCCCUUGAGUUGGCGUGAUCGGCCGUUGUGGGACUCACGACAUGGGGUGCUGGGAAUUGAACUCGGGUCCUUUGAAAAGCAGUGUGUACCUUUAACUGCUGCUCCAUCAUUCCAACUCUCUGAGCAUUUAAUGUUUAAUAGUGAAAUGCACUUAAAAGUUUUUAGAAUACUACAUUAUUAUCAAUUAGGAAGAAAUUGUAAACUAUGUUAGAACUUUAUACAUAAGUAGUCAGAUUACAGAUUUGAAUAAUUAUACUUGAAUACCCGGGAUGUCAGACCUGCUUGUGUAAUGACCUCACCUGUUUGGCCAUUGGGUCACACCUUUGUGACGCUCGUAACAAGCAUCAUGUGCAUGUAGCUUGCAAAAUACUUGUUGCAGUAGAGCUUGGAGGCGAGUGCAAGAGACCACUGAGCAGGGCCUUGCCCUUGGUGAUAUGGGCUGGGGAGUGCCAAGAACCCAGACCUCAGAUUGUUCAGGACUUCCUGUAAGAAGCGCCUUUUACCUGGAGAAAUCCAGAGUGUAAGUGGGGUGACUAGGCUUUGGGGUGUCUACCCUCAGAAUGCACAGAAGUUUGACUACUGAUGCUGUUCCAUGACCAGCCCCACGCUCGCUGUGCAACCUAACCUCUACUUAGGAUUGCCAAUACAAGUAGAACUGGAGAAAAAGCCAAACAGCAAACGUGUACUCUGUAACUGAGUUGUUAUUUUGAUAAUUUGCUGUAGGUGGGGGCAUUUAUGGAUGGGAUACAUUUAAUUGUGUAGACUUUGAUAUUGUCCUCAGAUUUUGUAAAAAUAAUCUCUAUAGGAAUAAAAUUGUGGCAUUGCUUUUUAAUGUAUGUUCUUGGUUAAGUAUAUUUGGUAUUUAUUGCUACCAUCUUUCGUCGUGCUUUUUUUAAUUAUGCACUAUCUAUUAACCUGUAAAGCUAUGGUUUUUGUGCUGAUAUGAGAUGAUAUUUAGGUCUUCACAAGGAGAAGCAUAUCUGAUAUCCAGCCAUUCACUUAGCAUUUUGAAAUAAUAGAAGAAAUAGAAAUAGAAAUUUUGCUUUUCUCAUUUUGAGACCUGGUCUCUCUGUAGAAUCACUUCUGCGCUGUCCUCCUGAUAGCUAGCGUUCUGACUGUUGGCAGCGCUGUCUUUUUUGAGUGUUCCAUAUCCAACUACCGUUUAAAUAAAACAGAGCAGAACCAGCCGAAACCACACUGCUGAGUUCUAGAUCUGUGUCCUGAUAUCCAUGUGUAGCCACUGAGCGGUUGCUCAGGCCUGUCUGCCUGUCUACCUCAACAUGGCGGAAGCCUUCUCCACUGGUUGCUUCUCCCCUGAAGUUUAGCCGUGGUGCCUGUCGUUUUAGCUUUUUACGCUUUGUCUCCUGUGCUGUUACAAGAUUGAGACCCAGAAAUCCUCACUGAUUCCUCAGGAGUCCUCAGAUCUACAGUCACAGAUGUCGCAGUCCAAUUGCCUUUAUCUUCUAUUUAUUUUUACUUACAUGAGUACACUGUAGCUGUCUUCAGACACACCAGAAGAGGGCAUCAGACCCCAUUGCAGAUGGUUGUGAACCACCAUGUGGUUGCUGGGAAUUGAACUCAGGACCUCUGGAAGAGCAGUCAGUGCUCUUAACCACUGAGCUAUCUCUCCAGCUCUGCCUUUGUCUUCUAAAUAUUGCUCCUCAUCAGCCUCUUCCUCCUCCCCGCCCCAAACUGCUUUUCAGCCCCGUGUUUGAUUGCUCACAGAUUACAGUGAUCUUGUAAUGAUCUUAGCAGCUUCAUUCUACCCCAAUUUCCCCAUAGAUGCCCCUUCCAUAAUAUAUUCUGUCUCUGCAAAUUUUGAAAACUAUGAAACAGCGGCCUUUCACUGAUUUUUUUUUUUCCCCUCCUGCAUAGAAUUUUUGAAUCUCUUGAGUUAGUGCCCAGUUUUUAUGAAAGCAGGCCGCUCUGGUGGAGACAAAUGUCCAUACGAUGUGGCCCCAGCUCUUCUAGUCCUCUCUCUGGUCACCAUUUAUUUGUUCAGGGACUACUUGCUAUGUGCUGUGGCCCACACUGUGGGGUAGUAGAGUGUUCUAACUCAGCUCCAACGGUCCAAUGAAGACAUUGAUAAAAAUCACAUGCUGUUGUCAGUUACAUAGAUAAGUCUGUGCCCGGUUACAGUGUUCCCAUGUCCCUGGAGUGCCAUAGGUGCCAUAGAGGAGCAGGCAAGGUUCAGAGGGUAAAGGCAGGACUGGGGUGCUGUGUGGGUGGCGUUGCCAUUUAUAGAGGACUGUGCGAGGAAAGCUUUGUGGUAGAGAAAUCUGAAGCUGUUGGGGAGAGGAAAAGCUGUAGAUCCGAGAGGAGCAGGAGCAUUAGUGCUGAGACUUGACAUGGGAGGGAGGGUGUGUGUCGUGUGCAGAGAGAAGGGGCCAGCUGGCUUCAGAGAGGUCAGAGGGGAUCAGCAGUCUGCGUCCUUUGUAAGGACUUUGAUUUCUAAGCGCAGGAUGUUUUGACCCAGGUUGCAUUCUCUGCAUAGACAGAGAUGAGCUCCUGACUUCCUCCUGAAGGCUCAAAGUAUGCUAUCCCCGCUGGCCCCUGAAGCGCCCUUAGCACCGUGGCCUGCUGUGUUAGUACAGAGACUCGCUCCUUUGUUCAUCUCAAGUUCGUAGGCCAGGGGAUUUGGGGUGCAGAGGAAGAGGGUAAGACCUCUUUUCAGUUUCAGAGUUCCUGUUUCAGUGGAUUAGUGUUUGUGAUGUGAUGGACUUGCUGAAAAUGGGAUUUGUCGUUGGUAACUGGGUAGUAGACACCCCGUGACACUACAGUGGCUCAUAGCUCCCUGGGAUGUGGAGUCGUAGUCGGCCGCACACUGAGGCUCUUAUGCUCAUAGGUGCUCAGUAAGUACAUGGGAAUGGUCAAGGGUGUAGCCACGCCCCGACUCUGAUAGCUCUUCAUCUGCUCCCCUCAAGUGGACGUCCCCCAAAUCCCAUAAAGCAUUUCAUGAAAUGCUUAGGAAAUGCCACAGUGCAAAGAAACGGACAAACCACCACAAGCUUAAUACAGGGGUCUUUACAGGGGGCUCAGUGUAUUCAUUCCCCCCUUUGCCUUCCUAUACAGGGGAGUUUUUUUUCUUAGAUUAAUUUUCCUGUUUCAUUAGUCUUUAUUUGCAAAACCUUGGUAGGUCCCGAAUAUAAAUUCUGUAUAGCCGUAUAUAGAAACACUAGUCUUUCAGAAUUUUAAAAAUUUAGCACCCAAAAUGCAGCCAGUGGUGUUUCUGACUGUUACAUUUGGCUGAGCAAGGAGUUAUCCAGUAGUUUAUUUACCCCACCCCAUUGUUUUAGGACUUUGCUAAAGGGGGUGGGGGGGUGGGAGGUUGAGUCUAGAUGUCUCAAAUUCCAAGAGACCAUUCAACUCUGGAGCAUUUUAGUCUUAUCCUGGGCAUUUAACUGUUUGCUACCUGCCUUUCUAGCCACCUCAGACUUCCAAACCCCGAAGUGCCUGCUUUUUUUUUUUUUUUUUUUUUUUACUUCUGGGGAAGGGCACUGGGAGACCUCAGUGCAGACUCUGCAGAGGCUGUAAGUCUGGAGGCAAAGCACUUAGGUCUGUCAGUCACAGGAGUCUUGCCUCCCAUUACUAUUUAACCAAAAGGCAUCAUGUCUAGUAGGUCGAACACAACAGCUCAUAAAUAUUGGGUUAUUGAUCUCGCAUAAUGUGUUAUGUUUUGACCACCUAAGCUGCAGAUUUCACUGAAGACUCCUGUACUGACGUUUUAGGUUUAGUGCUUCCGUGUGAAGGAGGUCUUGGUUUUAUUUCUCUACUGGAGUGGUCUCAUGCACUUGGGGUUUUUCAGUAAAAGGUGUGGGUUGGUUUUUUUCCCCUCCUGUUUAAGUUUUAACCUCUAGUUAAACUUUUUAACUUUGCUUCCAUUUGUGUAUUAGUGUGUUUGAGUAUGCUGUGUGGUUUUACCCAGUGUUAAGGCCUCUAGUCAUUUCUAUAUCAGUCUUGUUGGUGUUCCACCACAGAGCCGUGUGUUGCUCAGAGCUGCCCUACUCCACCGAGGUUGGGGCUUCACCCAGUUCCCAGCCCAGGGAAAGCCGGAUUGCAAGCUGAGCUUAGAAAUGUUAAGUCGGCUAGAUAUGUGGGAAGGCACAGUCGGCUUAAAGAGUGGUUCUUAUCCUGCUAAAUGAGCAUUUACAAAGGCACCUUAUCAGCCUGGUCCUUCUUUGUAUGGUCUUGUCCCUUUACAGCGUCUCAGCCUUCCUGAUGCUGCGACCCUACAAUACAGUUCCUUGUGUGGUGACCUCUAACCAUAGAAUUGUUCCACUGUUAAUUUUGCCAGCUGUGUGGAUAGUAAUGUAAACAUCUGUAUUUUCUAAUGGUCUUAGGUGACCCCUGUGCAAGAGUCAUUCAGUCCCUAAGGGGUUGAGACCCACAGGUUGAGAACCGGUGUUUGGAUGCAUUUGUUACUAAUUGUAAGAGAUCCACACUAAAGCUCAGAGGUAAGGCUCCUCGCUCUGUGCUCUGUCUACAGAGCUGUGUUCCUGUGUCCUAGCCCGUCUAACCUCUGCCAGUCCUUUCCAUUCCAGGCCCUGGACUUAAUAUUGACAACCAAACUCCUCCCCAUAGCUUUCGUUUGCUAUGCUCAGUUUUUUAAGCCUUUGGUACUUAGAUGUGAGUGGAGAUCAUGUGACAGGGUAGUCUCUGACACAUGACGAGUCUGUACAUGUUCGGUACCGGCGCAUCCCAGCUUCCUCUUCCUUUAUGAAGUUUCUUCCUGGCCUAUGUUGUAGUUGAUAUUUAAUCUCAAAUCGGAGGUUCCUAUAGGCCUGUUUCCCUCUUCUUCAGCCAGUGUGGACGUUGAACAAGUCUACCAUCUCAAUUGGAAAAGAAGAAUCUAAUACUUGGCCUUUAUUGGGUCUAUUAGAAAGUUAGGCCUAACAAUUUUGUGUUACCCACUGUUUUUAACCUGCUCUUACCCCAAGUACCCGUGUAGAUAAAUCACACGAGAGCUGUUAUACGGGACGCGUUCUAUUUUUGCAAAGGACUCAGCACUUUUACAAGAAUUUUUGCAACAGUAGGUAUUUUCUCAAACUAUGAAAAUUACUUAGUAUAUUUUAAGCACAAGUUUGGACACUUUUGCCUGUUUUAAUUUCACUGAAUAUUUAUUAAAACUGUUUAUGACCUUAGUGAUUAUUUUCAAGUAUUUAUAAAUGCACAGAAGUUGCAGGGCGGGAGGGAGGGAAGGAGCGAGCGAGCGAGCAGUCUCUUCUUCCAUCACCUAGCUAGCAGCCAAGUGCUAACUGCUUGUGCAAUUGCAUGAGUGACUUAUGUUUUAUUACUAAGAGCAUCUCAUCUCUUCACUUGAACAAUGUUGGCAGGUGCAGGAAUGUUGAUACCUUUGUCCUGUGUCUCCUUUAAGCAGCCCACCAAAGGGGCUUCUUCCUAUAUUUUCUGCUGAUAGUUAACUGGGCAAGUAGCUGGCUAUUUUCAGCUUGGUAAAUCUGUCAUAGCUAUGGACAGUAAGUCAUGUGAAAAUUUUAAUUGCAUAGCAUUUUUCCAUAAUCCUUCUUUAAGACUUCCUCUUUUAAUAAGUACUAAAUUGGCUUACUGGGUACUUUCAUCCCUAACAUGUAAAUACAGAGUAAGAUAUAUUCAGUCACCAGCAAGGGAUAGUGACUGUUAAGGGCAUGCUUAGUAGAGAGGAGCUUUUGGGGGAAGAAAGGGUGUUCAUAGCACAUGUAGAUGAAUUACUAAACACCACCAUCACAUACAGUGGCCAGUCAGCAUAAUGUUGUACUUUAAACAUAAAAGGCAUGAAGCUGGUUUUCAUUAUGCAGUUGAGUAGUAUGUGAAUAAUAACAUCAUAAAAUUAUAUUAAUCUUAUGAAAAUAAAUGUGUAGGGCUUGGGAUUUAUCUUACUCGGUAGAAUCUUUAGGUAGCGUGCACAGAGGCCUGGGUUACAGCCCAGCCCCCCCUACCCCCCCCCCCCCAGCACUGAAUAAGAUGAGGCAUGGUGUUACACGCCUGCCUGUAAUCCCAGCCUGGGGAAACUGAGGCAAGGGCGGGAAUUGGGGUUCAGACAUUGACGAGCAUCCUCUGCUACAUUAGCUAGUUCAAGGCCAGCCUGGGCUUCAUGAGACCCGAUUUCGAAAUAGUGAAACAAAAUAGAAUAAUAGUAGUUGAACAUUACGCUUGGGAAAUGUGUAACUUCACCAUUGGGGGUCUGCUGUCUUACAUGUUUCUUUUUUCUCUUCCUCUUAGAAAUCCCUACCUAGAGCCAGGCAGGGUGUGGUGGCGCACGCCUUUAAUCCCAGCACUCGGGAGGCAGAGGCAGGCGGAUUUCUGAGUUCGAGGCCAGCCUGGUCUACAAAGUGAGCUCCAGGACGGCCAGGGCUAUACAGAGAAACCCUGUCUCGAAAAACCAAAAAAAAAAAAAAAAAAAAGAAAAAAGAAAAAAGAAAAAGAGAAAUCCCUACCUAAACUUAUAAUAAGACUUUGAGUGACGUCUCAGUAUCUCUGUCUCUUAAUUGUAUGUUCUUAAUGUAUGAUCACUGCUUAUAGAGCACAGGGUUAGGUGAUUUGUAUGCCAGAUGCUGUGCUUGGUUUAGGAGACAGGGUCUCUCUCCCUUUGGAGCACAAAUUGGCCUUGAACUAAAAGUCUUCCUGCUUCAGCCUUUUGAAUGCUGGGGUAUGUAGGCUUCUCUACUGUGCCCGGCAUUAAGGGUAAAAUAAAAAUAAGCUCUUUCAUUUAUAUUUAGAGUAAUUGUUGUGCAUAGACUGCCUAGUAACUUUGUGUUCCGUGAUUUAUUUUCAUAACAUGUAGUGACCAAAUUAAAAGCUGCCUGAGACCCACAUGAUACUGCAAUCCUUAAUAUGAAGUUCUGUGAUUCUUCCUAAAUGUUCAUCCCUGGUGAUGUUCGGAUGUACUUAUAUGGCUGUAGUUGUGUAGCACGGAUAAGAGAUAGGAGAAUAAGUAACUGCCUGGUGUGUACGGUUCUGGGGAUGCUUACUGAGUUGCGAGGUUAUCGUUGUUGAUGUGAUUGUGAGAACCCUGAAGUGACACUUGGUCUGGGUGACGGGGGACUGAGAGAGUUUCCUUGGUAAAACCUGUAAGGUUUUACUUAUACCAAGAUUAUAGAAAUUAAAAGUUAGUUGGUUCUACUCUCUGAGUCAAAAGAAGCUUAGGGUGGGUGUCCUAAAACUUAAUGAAUAGAAACAAAGUAAUAUGUGUAGACAAAAAUUUUGUGUAUCCAUGGUACUGUUUGUGAGUGUGUGUGUGUGUAUGUGUGUGUGUGUGUGUGUGUGUGUGUGUGUGUGUGUGUGCACGCGCAAAUCCGUGUGCACAUGUAUGGGAGUUGAUGUAGAGGCCUGAAGUCAACAUUGAGUGUCUUCCUCAAUUGCUCUCCACCUUAUUUUUUUUAAGGCUUAUUUAUUUAUUUUAUGUAAAUGAGUACCCUGACUUCAUGCACUCCAGAAGAGGGCAUCGGCUCCCAUUACUGAUGGUUGUGAGCACAUGUGGUUGCUGAGAUUUGAACUCAGGACCUCUGGAAGAGCAGCCUGUGCUCUUAACCACUGAGCCAUCUAUCCAGCCCCCUCUGCCUUAUUUUUGAGACAGGAUCUCUCCCUGAACCUGGAGCUCUCUGAUUCCACUAGCAUGCUGGCCAGUGAGCCCCAGCCUCCACGUCUUUACCUCCCAGCCCUGAGCUCCCAGGCAUUUCAGCGCGGCCCCUGGAGAUUGAGCUUAUGCUUGAAUGGCAGGCGCUUUGCCAGUGAGCCAAGCCCCUGGCUCCUUGGUUUUCAUAUUUAUGAGUGGAAGAGCAACUGAAAUCAAGAGUCUCCUAGGCAUUAUAAUGUUACUGCUUGCCAUCUUUAUGUUUUACAUUAGAACCCUAGACUUCUUCACUCUGUUCUGUUCCUUGAGUCCUUUGACCUACAUCUAUCUGUUUCCCACCACCCCUCCAUGUAGUAACCACCAUUGAAAAUCCUCGUGCAAAUGGAGUCCUCCACUGUUCUUUCCCUAUGUGUCUGGUUAGUUUACGGAGAACAGUGCCCAUCAGCUUCAUCAAGACGACAAGGUAUCGUCUUUCAGGGCCGGAUAGUUUAUGUGUAGGUAGGUAGGUAGUUAGCUUGGAUAGACGGGUGUCAUAUUCCUUGUUUUAAAUCUACCCAAGCAUCAACAGACGUCAAGAUUGUUUCAUGUCUGUGGAAACGUUGGCAGUGAAUCUGUAGGUACCUUGGUGUGGUCAUUCAUGUCUGCAGUAUUGUUACAGUGAAUCUGUAGGUACCUUGGUGUGGUCAUUCAUGCCUGCAGUAGUGUUACAGUGAAUCUAGAGGUACCUUGGUGAGGUCACUCAUGUCUGCAGUAGUGUUAUAGUGAAUCUGUAGGUACUUUGGUGAGGUCAUUCAUGUCUGGUGGCAUUACAGUGAAUGUAUAGGCACCUUUGUGAGGUCAUUCAUGUCUGUGGUGACAUUACUGUGAAUCUAUAGGCACCUUUGUGAGGUCAUUGUCUGUGGUGACUUUACAGUGAAUCUGUAGGUACCUUUGUGAGGUCAUCUCAGUUCUUUAUAUUUCAGAGGUUUUGUUGGGUCAUAAUUUUGAUUUUCAUGUCUUUUAAAAUACUUUAUGCAUAUGUGUAUCUGUUUCUGUGUGUGUCUGUGAUUGUAUGUCAUUUACGUGUAUGCCUCUGGAAAGCCAGAUGAGGCAACUGGUCCCCUAGAGCUGGAGUUACAGGUGGUUUUGAGCUGUCCAGUGUUGGUCCUGGGGACUGAACUCAGGUCCUCUGCAAGAGCAGGAAGUGCUCUUAACUGUUGAGCCAUCUCUGUAGCUCCAGCCCUAGUUUUAGUUUCUUAAGGAGCAUCUGUCCACACUAUUUCAUGAUGGCUGCCUUAGUGUCUUCCUCAGGAUCUGUUGAGGCUUAGCUUCCGGAUCUGGUAGAUAUAAAAAUUCAGCGGCGGUCCAGUUCUUUAUAAAGUGGUGUAUCGUUUGCAUUUACCAUACAGACAGCUGUAGAUUAUAUAAAAUACCCAAAAUAAAAUACCAGAGAAGCAUUAAGUAACUGCAUCCUCUACUCUAGUAUUUAGGAGAGAAUUACAAGAGAAGGAAAGUUUCUAGUGUUCAGUGUAGAUACCUUUGUAGUUUGUAGUGACAGGUAUUGAAUCCCAGGGCUCCCAUGUCUAGGGAGACAUUCUACCUCAAAACCGCAUGCUGAGCCCCAGCCCCACCCUCCCUUAUGUGCUUUCCAGCCAGGAUUGGUUGAAUCCAUGGAAUCCGAACCUACAGAUACAUAGUUUCAGCUUAUACCUUUAAAGGUAACAUAGUUUAUUGGAUACAUGACAGAUGUGCUUUGAGAAUUUCUUUUAAUAUGUUAACUGAAGAAUAAAUUAGGUGACAUAUCUUUGGUCAAAAUGAAAACAUUGCUGGUUUGUUUCUUAUUUUUUUUUUCUUCCCCUUUUUAAUUUUGGAAGUUCUAGUGUUUGGAACAUCUCUUUGCAUUUCUUUUCGUUUUAAAAGUAGAAUAGCACUGAAAGAAUUUGGGGGAUAUUAUGGAAUGUAGGAUUGCUUAAGGACAGUGGGGGAGCAGCAGGUGACAGGAUUUAGGAGAGGGCUGAUGCUUUCUUUCUGUGUGAUGGGGUGGUCUGCCUCGGGUCAGUCACAGUGGAUCCACAGGGUACCUAGUCUAGCUGAAGUAUAUCCUCAAAACCUACUCGGGAAAGAAAAAUUUGGAUUAGUAGUUAGUUGUGCAACAGUGUUAAUGGGAAUUGUCUCAUAAUAUCCACUGUGUUCCCCACCUCCUUCUCCACAGACACCCAGAUUAACAUCUGACUCACGGAGUAAAUAAAUAAGAUCAGCUACGCCCAGCUUGUCUUGGGUUACAUAAGCAUGCUGGGCUGGCAUAGGUGUUCUAGAGCCUCUCAGAAGGAGAUGGGGAGGCUGGGGAAGGCAUGGCUGCUACGGAGAGUGCUUCAAGCCAUGAGGUCGGUCACUGGCAUGUACCCAUGUGCUGUGACAGGGCUGUAGUCACGCUAUCCUUUGCAUUGAAGAGGGCGCCUUGCUUGGAAUCAGUUGCUUGGAGGCGAGCUGUGUAUCUUUAAAGAAAGAUCCUGACUUCCUCUCUGUGGAUUUUCAUAUAUUUUGACUUCUUCUCAUCUUUACUAGUUUUCUCUUCCCUCUGCUGGGGAUCAGCCGUAAGGCUUGACACACAGGAGGAAAAUUCCAUAAGGGAUAUUUCCAUUAUUGUGAUUAUGAUUAUUAAUUAUUGAUUAUUGUUAAAGGAAGGAGAUCUGUACUCUAGCCUCUCUUCUUGGUAGUCUGGUUGAUGACCAGUUUAGCCAGACUUUACCCCAGAGUAUACUUGUCAUUUUGCAUAUUCUGAGUCACGUGUCUGAGAAGCAGCUCUCCUUUAGGAAGCACAAUUGUAAUGGAAACAUUGUUUACACCCCUGCAUCUAAUUGUUCCUGGGUUCCUCCCAAGCAGUCUAUGGGGUGAGUUGAUGACCCAGGUCCCCCCCUCCCCCUUUUUGAAUAUUUUCUCCUCCUGAUGGUUAGUUUCGGCAAGUCUGUGGGACAGAUUUUUGAUAAAUGUUUGAUGUGAAAGGCCCAGCCAACCAAAGAUGAUGUCACCUUUGUUGGUCCAGAGUCUAAUGAGAAACUGGGUCGAGCAAGCUAAGAACAGGCCAGUAAGCAGCAGGCCUCUAUGGAAGAGUCUCUGCUUCAGUGCCUGCUUUGGCUUCCCUCAGGGAGGCCCUACCCAUACACAUAAGUAGUAAAAAUGCACUAGACAAGGUCCCUCUCUGGGAGGAGGCCCCCCCCCCCCAGGUCUCUGUGGGAGGUCUCUGCAGGGGACCAGUCUCUGGCUGGAAGCAUCAGGGAAAAGGAAGCUGCGGUUGAAACUCUCCACACACUGACAUUUGUCAGCAUUUGCUCAGGCCAGGGGAACAAAAGUUUCCCUCAUCUUGACCCGGGAAGGCACUGGGGUCCUGGACGUGGCCAUGCUAGGUCAAACACUCUACAUUGUCCCUGGACUUCAUCUGCUUUGCACAGGGAAACAUUAUGGGAAUAUAAAAUCAAAUGAACUGCUUGAGGAAAGGGUGAGUGUAAAUAGCAAGUGUGUGUAUGAGGGGCGUUGUAUAGUGUGCCUGUGGGUCCAUAGCAGUCGGCUCCUGUCUGUACUGCACAUGUGAGCGCAGGGUUCUCCCUGAGGGCAGGGUGAGUGGGUGACACACCUUUACUACCACCCGUGUUUAUUAAGAGACCACUUAAUAUGCUGAAACUCUAAAGUCCAUUGGAUGCUGUUCCACACACGAGUGCGAGCCCUGUCUGCCCAUUUAGAUUAUGAAGAAUUAGCGCACAGCAGCCUCUGCUCCCAAAUGUCCUUGGCUUCCUGCCUCACUGCUGUUUGGAGUUCUGGAUUCAGCUUGUUACACUUGUCCCACAGCUCUGGCCUCUCGGGGCCUCGGGCAAAUACACAUACUUUCCUCUCCAAAUCUUGGCUACUUGGUAUUUAUUGCUUAUACCGUAGAGGACCUCAUUUCCUGUUGGUUCUUUAGAUGGGUAUCAUGCUAAUAAAGAAAGCCAGGGACCAGAACAACUACAGCAGGACUAUUCUUGUGAGAAAAUAGAAUUUUGAUAAAAAUGGUGGGAAUUCCAUUUAAAGGUACUCGUGGGCUUAGAAGUCUAAUGAGUUUUAGUUAUUUAUUCAUAUAUUUGUUUUAUUUUAUUUAUUUGACACAGGCUCUCACUAUGUAGCGUACUGGCCUGGAAUGAAUUCUCUAUGUAGACCAGGCUGGUCUCAAGCUCACAGAGACCCUAUCUCUGCCUCCAGAGUGCUGGGAUGAAAGGAGUGAGCCACCAUGCUGCAAUAAAAAGACGUCAGCAUUGAUGCACAGAGACAUUGAUUUCUGUGUGUACAUUAUCUUAUCACGUUUACCUUGUCGGUUCUGUGUCAUGAUUUCUGCUAAAACUUAGAUAUCAGACCGUCAUCUCAAUAUUCAACAGUAGAAUCUUUUUUUUUACAAAAUGUAAUGUAGUUAUAUUCUCUCUCUCUCUCACACACACACACACACACACACACACCACUUUUUUCCCCUCUUUAUUUAUAAGCUAUAGUCUAGUGGUUGAAAAAUAAUAUAACUUGUCCUGGAAACACCCAGCAAUCCCUCUUGUAUCAUGUCAUUGUUUUAAUCAUGAAGAAUUUCAGUUUCACACCAUUUAGAAUGUUUUCUUUUCCUUUCUGUUUAUCUAGUUGUUGUAUUUCUAAAUUUUGCAUGUUUUCUUUUCAUGACAACUUCAAUUUAUUUGUUUUUGGCCAAAGUUUCAUAGCUGGUGAGAUGGCUGGUGGUACACAGGAUGGGUCAGACUGAGGGAUGUGUGUUACAGCCAAUGUAGCCAAGUGCAGGUGCUAAGGGGGCCUCCUUGGUACGCCAUGCCAGAGGCAAACCAGCGAGAAUGGUGCAGUCAGCUUCUUGUUCUUGGGAAAUCAGGUGAGGACACAUGGAGUGUCUCUAUAGUGGCCACUAGCUAGCUUUUUCUAUAUCAUGGGCUCUGGGUUAUGGCUUGCAACCACUCUUUAGGUUUAGGACUGGUAAUUGAAAGUCAAAUUGGUCCUAGUCUUUGGAAUGGUUGAGACAGAGACUAGAGUAGAGCCUGCAGAAAACAAGUGAACAAACAAACAAAACAAAACAAAACAAAACAAGCUAACAACAAAAAAACCAACCAACCAACCAACCAACCAACCAAACCCUCCAGAAGUUUGCUUCUAAUGACUUAGCUCUGAACAGGGUUAGGGUAGUGAAGGAGGAACAGAUAGCAACAAUGUAACAAUGUAACAGAGCUAGGAGCGGGGAGGAGGAGACUCUCACAGCAGGAUGCCUGUCCAGGUUGCCAUUCUUUUCUGUAAAGUGCGGGUUCAGGGUAAGAUCAACCCUGAGUUAAUCAGUGACCACCCUUUGGCAUCACGAGACUGCCCAGAGUGCUGACAUUUCCCAUUUUCACUGGGGAGCUGGUGCUCCCAGACAGAACUAAGCUCUGCAAUGCACUUGCUUCCUUGCGGAAUUUCUAGGAGGAUGUGAGAAAGGGCUGGGGGCCUACGAAUGUGGCAGCUCUGGAAGUGAACCUGCAUUGUGGAGAGACAGGAAGCGAGGGGAAGGCAUGGUUGUUAGGCCGCUCCAUGGUGUAACACUUCUCGACAUCUGCUUCAGGAAGAAAGUGCCUGCCAUUCCUGUCUCUGCAGAUUCAUGCCAGCCCAGCACACAGCGUCAGUUGGAACCCCGAUUUCAGGUCCCGAGUGAAGUGCCAUUCGUGGAUGGGACCCACUGUGCUCACACACUCAGAACAAGCUGUCCAAGGGAUGCCCUAAAGAAACAGCAGUGUGUUUCACCCACCAGCCAAGAUGAACAUGGUGAAGAGGAUCAUGGGGCGGCCUCGGCAGGAGGAGUGCAGCCCGCAAGACAACGCCUUAGGCCUGAUGCACCUCCGCCGGCUCUUCACCGAGCUGUGCCACCCUCCGAGGCACAUGACCCAGAAGGAGCAGGAGGAGAAGCUAUACAUGAUGCUGCCAGUGUUUAACAGGGUUUUUGGAAAUGCUCCUCCAAAUACAAUGACAGAGAAAUUUUCUGACCUUCUGCAGUUCACAACGCAAGUCUCCCGACUCAUGGUGACGGAGAUCCGGAGGAGAGCUUCAAACAAAUCCACAGAGGCUGCAAGUCGGGCCAUAGUCCAGUUCCUGGAGAUCAAUCAGAGUGAAGAAGCCAGUAGGGGCUGGAUGCUCCUAACAACAAUUAACCUGCUGGCAUCCUCUGGUCAGAAAACCGUGGACUGCAUGACAACGAUGUCAGUGCCUUCCACCCUGGUUAAAUGUCUGUAUCUGUUCUUUGACCUUCCACAUGUGCCUGAGGCAGGUGGAGGCGCACAGAACGAGCUACCUCUAGCAGAGCGCCGAGGACUACUCCAGAAAGCUUUUGUACAGAUCUUAGUAAAACUCUGCAGUUUUGUUUCUCCGGCGGAGGAGCUGGCCCAGAAGGACGACCUACAGCUUUUAUUCAGUGCAAUAACCUCUUGGUGCCCCCCCUAUAACCUGCCAUGGAGGAAGAGCGCGGGGGAGGUCCUCAUGACCAUCUCCCGCCACGGGCUGAGCGUGAACGUGGUGAAGUAUAUUCAUGAAAAGGAAUGUUUGUCUACGUGUGUCCAGAAUAUGCAGCAAUCAGAUGACCUGUCUCCCCUCGAAAUUGUUGAAAUGUUUGCGGGACUUUCUUGUUUCCUCAAAGACUCCAGUGAUGUUUCCCAAACACUGCUGGAUGAUUUUCGGAUAUGGCAAGGAUAUAACUUUCUUUGUGACCUCUUGCUCAGAUUGGAACAAGGGAAAGAGGCCGAGUGCAGAGAUGCCUUGAAGGAUCUGGUGAGUCUGGUGACGUCUCUGACCACAUAUGGGGUCAGCGAGCUGAAGCCGGCUGGUGUCACCACAGGGGCCCCCUUCCUCUUGCCCGGAUUUGCAGUACCUCAGCCAGCAGGCAAAGGACACAGUGUGAGAAACAUCCAGGCCUUCGCAGUUCUCCAGAAUGCGUUUUUAAAAGCAAAGACCAACUUCCUCGCCCAAAUCAUCCUGGACGCCAUCACAAACAUUUAUAUGGCCGACAACGCUAAUUACUUCAUCCUGGAGUCCCAGCAUACCCUCUCGCAGUUCGCAGAGAAGAUCUCUAAACUCCCAGAAGUACAGAACAAAUACUUCGAGAUGCUGGAGUUUGUUGUUUUUAGCCUGAAUUAUAUCCCCUGUAAAGAACUCAUUAGCGUCAGCAUCCUGUUAAAGUCCAGCUCUUCUUACCACUGUAGCAUCAUUGCAAUGAAAACCCUUCUGAAGUUUACAAGGCACGACUACAUAUUUAAAGAUGUCUUCAGGGAGGUGGGCCUGCUGGAGGUCAUGGUAAACCUUCUGCAUAAGUAUGCUGCCCUCCUGAAGGAUCCAGCUCAGGCACUCAAUGAGCAAGGGGACUCAAGAAACAAUAGUUCAGUUGAAGACCAAAAACACUUGGCUCUGUUGGUGAUGGAGGCCUUGACCGUGCUGCUUCAAGGGUCCAACACAAAUGCAGGAAUAUUCCGAGAGUUUGGCGGAGCAAGGUGCGCCCACAAUAUAGUGAAAUACCCGCAGUGCCGGCAGCACGCCCUGAUGACCAUCCAGCAGCUGGUGCUCUCUCCCAAUGGGGAGGACGACAUGGGUACUCUCCUGGGGCUCAUGCAUUCAGCCCCACCCACAGAGCUGCAGCUGAAGACUGACAUCUUAAGGGCCCUGCUGUCCGUCCUUCGAGAAAGCCACCGUUCAAGAACAGUCUUUAGGAAAGUGGGAGGGUUUGUGUACAUUACAUCCUUGCUCGUUGCUAUGGAGAGGUCUUUGAGCUCUCCUCCCAAGAACGGCUGGGAGAAGGUGAGCCAGAGCCAGGUGUUGGAGCUCCUGCACACUGUGUUCUGCACGCUGACGGCAGCCUUGCGCUAUGAGCCGGCCAACUCGCACUUCUUCAAGACCGAGAUACAGUACGAAAAGCUGGCGGACGCUGUCCGCUUCCUUGGCUGCUUCUCAGACCUCAGGAAAAUAAGUGCCGUGAACGUCUUCCCGUCAAACACGCAGCCUUUCCAGAGACUGCUGGAGGAAGGGGCGGUGUCCGUGGACUCUGUGUCACCGACCCUGCGGCACUGCAGUAAACUCUUUAUCUAUCUCUACAAAGUGGCCACAGAUUCUUUUGACAGCCAUGCAGAGCAGAUCCCUCCUUGCCUGACAAGCGAGUCCUCUCUCCCCUCUCCCUGGGGAACACCAGCUCUGUCCAGGAAAAGGCAUGCAUUUCAUUGCGUCUCAACUCCCCCGGUGUAUCCUGCGAAAAAUGUCACUGACCUGAAACUUCAGGUGACAAGCUCACCUCUGCAGAGCUCUGAUGCUGUCAUUAUCCACCCUGGAGCCAUGUUAGCCAUGCUUGACCUGCUGGCCUCUGUGGGCUCAGUGACACAGCCAGAACAUGCUUUGGACCUUCAACUUGCCGUGGCCAAUAUUUUACAAUCGCUAGUGCACACGGAGAGGAACCAGCAGGUCAUGUGUGAAGCGGGUCUUCAUGCACGGCUGCUGCAGAGGUGUGGUGCUGCCCUGGCUGACGAGGACCACUCCCUGCACCCGCCCCUGCAGCGCAUGUUUGAACGGUUAGCCUCCCAGGCCUUGGAGCCCAUGGUGCUGAGGGAGUUCUUGCGUUUGGCAAGCCCUUUGAAUUGCGGAGCCUGGGACAAGAAGCUGCUGAAGCAAUACAGGGUUCACAAGCCGAGUUCGCUGAGCUUCGAGCCAGAGAUGAGAAGUAGCGUGAUCACCUCUCUGGAAGGUCUGGGCUCUGACAAUGUUUUCAGCUCACAUGAAGAUAACCAUUACCGGAUAAGCAAAAGUCUGGUAAAGUCCGCAGAAGGAAGCACUGUGCCCUUGACCCGGGUAAAGUGUCUCGUCUCCAUGACGACCCCUCAUGACAUCAGACUUCAUGGGUCAUCGGUCACUCCGGCUUUUGUUGAAUUUGACACAUCCCUUGAAGGCUUUGGUUGCCUGUUUCUGCCCAGCUUGGCUCCCCAUAACGCCCCUACCAAUAACACUGUCACGACGGGUCUCACUGACGGGGCCGUGGUCAGUGGCAUGGGCUCUGGUGAGAGGUUCUUCCCCCCGCCUUCUGGCCUGAGCUAUUCCUGCUGGUUCUGCAUCGAGCACUUCAGCUCCCCGCCAAACAACCACCCCGUCAGACUCCUCACUGUCGUGCGGCGAGCGAAUUCAUCUGAGCAGCAUUACGUGUGCCUUGCCAUAGUUCUGUCUGCAAAAGACCGGUCCUUAAUCGUUUCCACAAAGGAGGAGCUACUCCAAAACUAUGUUGAUGAUUUCAGUGAAGAGUCCUCUUUCUAUGAGAUCCUCCCGUGCUGUGCCCGCUUCCGGUGUGGAGAGCUGGUAGUGGAGGGACAGUGGCACCACCUGGCUCUGCUCAUGAGCAGAGGCAUGCUGAAGAACAGCACCGCGGCCCUCUACCUCGACGGGCAACUGGUCAGCACCGUCAAGCUGCAUUAUGUCCACAGCACUCCUGGGGGCUCAGGCUCUGCAAACCCCCCAGUACUGAGCACAGUCUAUGCUUACGUCGGCACUCCACCUGCGCAGCGCCAGAUCGCCUCGCUGGUCUGGCGCCUGGGGCCCACCCAUUUUCUGGAAGAAGUUUUACCUCCUUCUAGCGUGACUACUAUUUAUGAACUGGGACCAAACUAUGUUGGAAGCUUUCAGGCUGUCUGCGUGCCAUGUAAAGAUGCAAAGUCGGAAGGUGUCACCCCGUCCCCCGUGUCUCUGGUCGCAGAGGAAAAGGUGUCCUUUGGACUCUACGCUCUGUCCGUGUCCUCCCUAACAGUGGCAAGAAUCCGGAAAGUCUACAACAAGUUAGACAGCAAAGCCAUUGCGAAGCAGUUAGGCAUUUCCUCCCACGAGAACGCCACUCCCGUGAAGCUGGUUCACAACGCAGCAGGCCAUCUCAACGGGCCGGCUCGCACUAUCGGGGCCGCUCUCAUUGGAUACUUGGGAGUAAGAACAUUUGUCCCUAAGCCUGUCGCCACUACUUUACAGUACAUUGGAGGAGCUGCAGCCAUCCUUGGCCUAGUGGCCAUGGCCUCUGAUGUGGAAGGCUUGUAUGCAGCAGUCAAGGCCCUGGUCUGUGUAGUCAAGAGCAACCCGCUAGCCAGCAAGGAGAUGGAAAGAAUCAAGGGAUACCAGCUGCUGGCAAUGCUGCUUAAAAAGAAGCGCUCCCUUCUCAACAGCCAUAUCCUCCACCUGACAUUCUCCUUGGUGGGGACAGUUGACAGUGGCCAUGAGACAUCCAUUAUUCCCAAUUCCACCGCUUUCCAGGACCUGCUUUGUGAUUUUGAAGUCUGGCUUCACGCGCCGUACGAGCUCCAUCUCUCUUUAUUUGAACACUUCAUAGAACUGCUCACAGAGUCCAGUGAGGCUUCCAAGAACGCCAAGUUGAUGAGGGAAUUUCAGCUCAUCCCCAAGCUGCUUCUGACCCUUCGAGACAUGUCCUUGUCCCAGCCCACCAUCGCUGCUAUUAGCAACGUGCUGAGCUUCCUGCUGCAGGGCUUCCCAAACAGCAACGAUCUGCUCAGGUUUGGCCAGUUCAUUUCUUCUACUUUGCCCACCUUUGCCGUUUGUGAGAAAUUCGUGGUUAUGGAAAUAAAUAAUGAAGAGAAACCAGACCCGGGAGCAGAAGAGGAGUUUGGAGGUCUUGUGUCUGCUAACCUUAUACUUUUGAGGAACAGGCUCCUAGACAUCUUGCUAAAGCUGGUUUAUACAUCUAAAGAAAAGACAAACAUUAACUUACAGGCUUGUGAAGAGCUGGUCAGGACACUGGGUUUCGACUGGAUCAUGAUGUUCAUGGAAGAGCACUUGCAUCCCACCACAGUCACGGCUGCCAUGAGGAUUCUCGUGGUCCUGCUGAGUAACCAGUCCAUUCUAAUCAAGUUUAAAGAGGGACUCAGUGGCGGGGGCUGGCUGGAGCAGACAGAUUCCGUCCUGACAAACAAGAUUGGAACUGUGUUAGGAUUCAAUGUGGGCAGGAGUGCCGGAGGGAGAUCCACGGUCAGGGAGAUUAACCGGGACGCCUGCCAUUUUCCCGGCUUUCUGGUUCUCCAGUCUUUCCUCCCUAAGCACACGAAUGUCCCUGCCCUCUAUUUUCUCCUUAUGGCCUUGUUUCUGCAACAGCCAGUGAGCGAGCUGCCCGAGAACCUGCAGGUCAGUGUGCCUGUCACCAGCAGCCGAUGUAAGCAGGGUUGCCAGUUUGAUCUGGAUUCCAUCUGGACAUUUAUCUUUGGCGUCCCUGCCUCUAGCGGAACGGUGGUCUCUUCCAUCCACAACGUGUGCACAGAGUCUGCAUUCCUGCUGCUUGGGAUGCUGCGCAGCAUGCUGAACUCGCCAUGGCAGUCGGAAGAGGAGGGCUCGUGGCUCCGAGAGUAUCCAGUGACCCUGAUGCAGUUCUUUAGGUACCUGUACCACAACGUCCCAGACCUCGCCUCCAUGUGGCUGAGCCCCGACUUCCUGUGUGCCUUAGCAGCCACCGUCUUCCCCUUCAACAUCCGCCCGUACUCAGAGAUGGUGACAGAUCUGGAUGACGAGGUUGGGUCUCCAGCAGAAGAGUUUAAAGCCUUCGCUGCGGACACCGGGAUGAAUAGGAGCCAGUCCGAGUACUGCAACGUGGGCACCAAGACCUAUCUGACCAAUCACCCAGCUAAGAAGUUCGUCUUUGACUUCAUGCGAGUCUUGAUCAUCGACAACCUCUGUCUCACCCCAGCCAGCAAGCAGACGCCACUGAUUGAUCUGUUGUUGGAGGCUUCCCCUGAGAGAUCUACAAGAACUCAGCAGAAAGAGUUCCAGACCCACGUUCUGGACAGCGUGAUGGAUCACUUGCUGGCGGCUGAUGUGUUAUUGGGGGAAGAUGCGUCUCUGCCUAUUACCAGUGGAGGAAGCUACCAGGUAUUGGUGAACAACGUGUUUUAUUUCACACAACGCGUAGUGGACAAGCUUUGGCAAGGCAUGUUCAACAAAGAAUCUAAACUUCUUAUAGAUUUUAUCAUUCAACUCAUUGCACAGUCGAAGAGACGGUCGCAGGGCUUGUCGCUGGAUGCAGUGUAUCACUGCCUCAAUCGGACCAUCCUGUAUCAGUUCUCCCGCGCGCACAAAACCGUCCCUCAGCAAGUCGCCCUCCUCGAUUCUCUCCGGGUGCUUACUGUGAACCGGAACUUAAUUCUGGGACCCGGAAACCACGACCAGGAAUUCAUUAGCUGUCUCGCUCACUGCCUGAUUAAUCUACAUGCUGGAAGCAGUGUGGAAGGAUUUGGACUGGAAGCUGAGGCACGCAUGACCACGUGGCACAUCAUGAUUCCCUCGGACAUCGAACCAGACGGUGGCUACAGCCAAGACAUCAGUGAAGGGCGCCAGCUUCUCAUUAAAGCCGUCAACAGAGUCUGGACCGAGCUGAUCCACAGUAAGAAACAAGUCCUGGAGGAGCUCUUCAAGGUCAGCCUGCCCGUGAACGACAGGGGCCACGUGGACAUAGCCCUCGCGCGGCCACUCAUCGAAGAGGCUGGUCUGAAAUGCUGGCAGAAUCAUUUGGCCCACGAGAAGAAAUGCAUAAGUCGGGGAGAAGCCUUGGUGCCCACCACACAAUCCAAACUGUCCCGGGUCAGCAGCGGCUUCGGUUUGUCCAAGCUAACAGGAUCGAGAAGGAACCGAAAGGAGAGCGGCCUCCAUAAGCACAGCCCUUCCCCGCAGGAGAUUUCCCAGUGGAUGUUCACACACAUCGCCGUCGUGCGCGACCUGGUGGACACACAGUACAAGGAGUAUCAGGAGCGUCAGCAGAACGCCCUGAAGUACGUGACCGAGGAGUGGUGUCAGAUCGAGUGCGAGCUGCUGCGGGAGCGGGGGCUGUGGGGCCCACCCAUCGGCUCCCACCUAGACAAGUGGAUGCUGGAGAUGACGGAGGGGCCCUGCAGAAUGCGCAAGAAAAUGGUGCGCAACGACAUGUUCUACAACCACUAUCCCUACGUGCCGGAGACGGAGCAGGAAGCCAGCGUGGGGUCUGAGAUCCCAAGUAAACAACCCGAGCCACCCGAUGAUGUCAUUGCUCAGAAGAAACCUGCUCGGUACCGAAGAGCUAUAAGCUAUGACAGUAAAGAGUACUACCUCCGCCUGGCCUCUGGAAACCCAGCCAUCGUUCAGGAUGCCAUCGUAGAGAGCUCAGAAGGCGAAGCCACCCAGCAAGAACCCGAGCAUGGGGAAGACACCAUUGCCAAGGUCAAAGGCCUUGUGAAGCCUCCCCUGAAGCGCUCUCGGUCUGCACCUGAUGGAGGAGAUGAGGAGACCCAGGAGCAGCUCCAAGACCAGAUUGCUGAGAGCGGCUCCAUAGAGGAGGAGGAGAAAACAGACAACGCAACCUUGCUGCGCCUGCUGGAAGAGGGAGAGAAGAUCCAGCACAUGUACCGCUGUGCGCGCGUCCAGGGCCUGGACACCAGUGAGGGGCUGCUUCUCUUCGGGAAAGAGCAUUUCUAUGUGAUCGAUGGGUUCACCAUGACUGCCACCAGGGAAAUAAGGGACAUUGAAACCUUACCUCCAAACAUGCACGAACCAAUUAUCCCUCGAGGUGCCAGGCAAGGCCCCAGCCAACUCAAGAGAACCUGCAGCAUCUUUGCAUAUGAAGACAUCAAGGAGGUGCAUAAAAGGAGAUAUCUCCUCCAGCCUAUCGCUGUUGAAGUUUUCUCUGGAGAUGGACGGAACUACCUCCUGGCUUUUCAAAAGGGAAUUCGGAAUAAAGUCUACCAAAGGUUCCUGGCAGUUGUGCCCUCUCUCACGGACAGCUCGGAGUCUGUGUCCGGACAGAGACCAAACACCAGUGUGGAACAAGGGUCUGGGUUACUCAGCACUCUGGUUGGAGAGAAGUCUGUGACUCAGAGAUGGGAGAGAGGUGAAAUCAGCAACUUCCAGUAUUUGAUGCACUUGAACACGCUGGCAGGCAGAUCUUACAAUGACCUCAUGCAGUACCCUGUCUUCCCGUGGAUCCUCUCAGACUACGACUCCGAGGAAGUUGACCUCACUAACCCCAAGACAUUCAGAAACCUGGCCAAGCCAAUGGGCGCGCAGACGGAUGAGCGGCUGGCCCAGUACAAGAAGCGCUACAAGGACUGGGAAGAUCCCAAUGGGGAGACCCCAGCGUACCACUACGGCACCCACUAUUCAUCUGCAAUGAUCGUGGCCUCAUACCUCGUAAGAAUGGAGCCUUUCACACAGAUCUUCUUACGGCUUCAGGGUGGCCACUUUGACCUGGCAGACCGGAUGUUCCACAGUGUCCGUGAGGCCUGGUACUCAGCAUCAAAGCACAACAUGGCGGAUGUGAAGGAACUUAUCCCAGAAUUCUUUUACUUACCAGAAUUCCUGUUCAAUUCUAACAACUUUGAUCUAGGCUGUAAACAAAAUGGCACCAAGCUUGGAGAUGUUAUCCUUCCACCCUGGGCAAAGGGGGACCCACGAGAGUUCAUCAGAGUCCACCGUGAGGCUCUGGAGUGUGAUUACGUGAGUGCCCACCUGCACGAGUGGAUCGACCUGAUCUUUGGCUAUAAGCAGCAGGGCCCCGCUGCCGUAGAGGCUGUGAAUGUCUUCCAUCACCUUUUUUAUGAGGGGCAAGUGGAUAUCUACAACAUCAACGACCCACUGAAGGAGACGGCCACCAUCGGGUUCAUUAACAACUUCGGCCAGAUCCCUAAGCAGUUGUUUAAAAAGCCUCAUCCACCAAAGCGAGUGCGGAGUCGGCUGAAUGGAGACAACAUAGGCAUCUCUGUCCCACCAGGAGCCACAAGUGACAAGAUCUUUUUCCAUCACCUAGACAACCUGAGGCCUUCCCUAACGCCUGUGAAAGAACUCAAAGAGCCUGUGGGGCAAAUCGUGUGCACGGAUAAAGGCAUUCUCGCCGUGGAGCAGAACAAGGUACUCAUCCCGCCCGCGUGGAACAAGACCUUCGCCUGGGGCUACGCAGACCUCAGCUGCAGACUGGGGACCUAUGAGUCAGACAAGGCAGUGACUGUUUAUGAGUGCUUAUCUGAAUGGGGCCAGAUCCUCUGCGCCGUUUGCCCCAACCCCAAGCUUGUCAUCACAGGCGGAACAAGCACAGUGGUGUGUGUCUGGGAGAUGGGCACCUCCAAAGAAAAGGCCAAGCCCCUCACACUCAAGCAGGCUCUCCUUGGCCACACUGAUACUGUCACCUGUGCCACAGCAUCCCUGGCCUACCACAUAAUUGUCAGCGGGUCCCGGGACCGAACCUGCAUCAUCUGGGACCUGAACAAACUGUCAUUCCUAACCCAGCUCCGCGGCCACCGAGCUCCCGUCUCCGCUCUUUGCAUUAAUGAGCUAACAGGGGACAUUGUGUCCUGCGCAGGCACGUACAUCCACGUGUGGAGCAUCAAUGGGAAUCCCAUCGUGAGUGUGAACACAUUCACGGGCCGGAGCCAGCAGAUUGUCUGCUGCUGCAUGUCCGAGAUGAACGAGUGGGACACGCAGAAUGUCAUCGUGACAGGACACUCAGAUGGAGUGGUCCGGUUCUGGAGAAUGGAAUUCCUGCAGGUUCCUGAAACACCAGCUCCUGAGCCUGUGGAAGACCUGGAGAUGCAGGAGGGCUGCCCAGAAGCACAGAUAGGGCAGCAAGCCCAAGAUGACGACAGCAGUGAUUCUGAAACAGAAGAGCCCAGUGUCAGCCAGGACCCCAAGGACACGUCCAGCCAGCCCAGCAGCACCAGCCACAGGCCGCGGGCAGCCUCCUGCAGGGCCACCGCCACAUGGUGUACCGACAGCGGCUCCGACGACUCCAGGCGCUGGUCCGACCAGCUCAGUCUAGAUGAGAAAGAUGGCUUCAUAUUUGUGAACUACUCUGAGGGCCAGACCAGAGCACAUCUGCAGGGCCCCCUCGCCCACCCGCACCCCAACCCCAUCGAAGCGCGCAGUUACAGCAGAUUGAAACCCGGGUACCGGUGGGAGCGGCAGCUGGUAUUCAGAAGCAAACUGACUAUGCACACAGCCUUUGAUCGAAAGGACAACACGCACCCAGCCGAGGUCACCGCGUUGGGUGUAUCCAAGGAUCACAGCAGGAUCCUCGUGGGUGACAGUCGAGGCCGAGUGUUCAGCUGGUCUGUGAGUGACCAGCCUGGCCGUUCUGCCGCUGACCACUGGGUGAAGGAUGAAGGCGGCGACAGCUGCUCGGGAUGCUCCGUACGCUUCUCCCUCACAGAGCGGAGGCACCAUUGCAGGAACUGUGGGCAGCUCUUCUGUCAGAAGUGCAGUCGGUUUCAGUCAGAAAUCAAGCGCCUGAAAAUCUCGUCCCCAGUGCGUGUCUGUCAGAACUGUUACUAUAGCUUGCAGCAUGAGAGGGGGGCAGAAGAUGGACCUCGGAACUGCUGAGAUGGAGGGACUGGCGAGAGACCACAGCCUAGGAGGCUCUUCACAUCCUGCCGGGACUCCAGAGGCACUGAAGCAGUCUCCGUUUACACGGCUCUUCACUGAGUGUUGGAAGUGCUGAGUGUAAAGGAAUCAUUGGAUCACGGCUUCCGAGGCCAGUGACCGGCACGGGUACUGUGCAGUGAACAGCACAAGAGGAAGUGGCUCCCAGGAGCAUCUCAGACCUGAGUCUCCCCUAGUGUAGCUGUCUCCAAGAACAAACCCCGUGCUCCCCAACUGUCUUUCUUGCAUCUCAUUUUUAUAGAGCUAUUCAUCCUUAUUUGGAAAAAUUAACAAAAACUUAAAAAAAGGCUUCUAGAAAAUGGUUGUAAAUCUGACUUCUUUACAAGGAGCUGUGUAUAUUGUAAAUAGGUAUAAAGGCCUUUUUUUUUCUAAAUAAGGACCUAAUUGCCUGUAACAUGAGACUUCAAACUAAGCCACUAACUCAAUGAACCAUCUAAGGUCUGUCUAACGUCUCGCAAUUAUAAAUAUGGGUUGGGUUUUUUUUUUUUAAUCCUCAAAGACAUUAUCUGUACUAUUUUUUUUUCUUGUUCAGACCAAGCCUGUGUGCCUGAUAUCAUUUCUUUCAAGUUGCCCACAGUGUCUCCACUUAAAAUAGGCUAGUAACCAAAACGAUGUAGCCCUGCUUUAGGGGCCAGCGUGGGAGAAGAGGUCUGCUCCUAAGGUAACGUGUAAAUAGCCAAUGGUCUGAGGCUGUGUACCGCUACAGUGUUGCAGUUCUGUGACAGCACCAGUCUGAGGCUGUAUACCUACAGCUACAGUGUUGCAGUUCUGUGGCAGCCCCCUUCAGUGACCUGUGCGCUGUGCGGACCCAGCACCUCAGCAGCACAGAUAGGGGUCACACAUCGAUAGAUGUCAGGCGGGACACAGCUCCGCCUCAGUUAAUGGAAAUAUAUUUGCAUGUUACCCCAAAUUAGCUUCUCUGCAUAGAACAUAAGUAUGUGUCUUUGGGGACACGUGUGUUCUACUACAGCUUAUUUAAAAAAAAAAAAGGGGGGUGUACAGAAUUAACAUUUAAACCUUGUAAAACUGGAUCAUGUCAGAAGUGCUUAAAAUGAACCUUUACCAUUUAAUGCCAUCUACCUGAAAACAGUGAGAUUUAUACUGUAUCAAUGUCUAUUUUUUUGGUUUUGCUAUGAAUAUAAUUACAGUAUUUUAAUAUUUAGUUAUUUAAUUUGUUCUACUAGUUGGAUACAGAACACACACAUUCAAGAGGAGGAAAGCUGUCGGGCUAAGAGAAGUUUAUAGAAAAAUGGCUUUGGUGGGAUUUUUUAAAAAUGUGUGUUAUGUACAUAAAUAUAAAUAUAUAUAUAUAUAUGAAAUCAAAACAAUUAAUCUAGAUUUUAACAUUUUCAGAUACUUAGCACUAAUACUAUGAACAAUUCUAAAAGCCCUGUGAUUUGAUGAACAACAUGGGGUCACUAAUGGCCCAAGAAAGAAAGGACAGGCCUUGACACCCUCAUGGAGGGAGAUUUCACGCAAAGGACAGUGGCUUUGGCUUCCCCAGCUCUCCAUCUUUAGCCCUGGUGACAGGCACACUUAUGCACUAAAAUGCACAUAUAUGCACAUGUGUCCAGAAACAGGCAUGUGGUACAACAGUGACCUUGUACCCUACGGGCUGAAAGCAGCUUCGGAACAAACUUGUUCUCCCUGAUAAGCAGGUCUCCAGGAGAAACCGUGAAGGCUGCUUUAGUGCCUUAUGCUUCCUAAAUUUCAACCUUCCUUUCUAGGUUUCAGCCUCCAGUCUGUGAUACAUAUCAAAAUCGAACCCAACACUUCCAUUUUUAAACGCUCAAAUACACACGUGAAUAAAAGGAUUGUCAGCAUUAACGCUUCUCACCUGAAGAGCUUUGCUUUGCUUUCCUUCCUUUCAGUGUUGCCCACCCCUGAUUGUUUCUUUAGAAGGAUGCCGGUGUCCCUCCAUUGCAGAAACUGCUUUUGCACAGUAGGGAGCGGCCCUGCUGCCUCUGGACGCUUUGCAACAGUGUUACUUUACACUUUUGGAAAGCAGCGCCCUCCUGUGGCCCACGACCCUCAUUUCCCCAUACCCAAUGGCAGAGGUGUUCAAGACUUGAAUAGAGGAAUGUGUGUGUAGCCACUUGAAGCUUGCUCCACUGUCUGUCUAACCUGACAUGCUGUGGGAUGAACGCUCUUAAACUUUCCAGCCCAUAACUAGUAGAUGGAAAGCAAACCCUCGCUCACUAUGGCAUUUCCUCUGGCAGCUGGUGCUGUGGGCAACUGUCUUCUUUCCAUCAGGUUUUGGUUUUUGUUUUCUUUUCCCUUCUGCAGAAAUCACAGAGACACUCGCACUGGGCACUGGGCUCACAUCCCUUGGCUUCAUUGCUCAUCUGGCUGGCUGGCCCUCCGUGUUCGUGCCAUUCUCCUUACCAAUAUACACUAUGUAUAUACCUCCUGCGGCCUGCAUUCUUUUUCUAAGUACCUCACAGGGCUCCAGCCUGACCCUCUGUUCACCCCUCGCCCCUCCACCCACUGCUCAUCCACGUACUCGACACACUCGUGUGUAGCGUGCAAGUGUGAUGUCACGCUUUUGAAGACGAGAAGUAGCUGCCCGUAGCAGCCAGCCCUCUGGAGAAUAGCAAAACAAAUCUAGAUAAGUUAUUUUGCACUUUCUUAUGUAUAAAGGUGGUAGAAACUUAUUUUUGCUUUGUAUCAUUUAAAUACAUUUUGUUUUGGUAAACAGACUGUGUAUAAACUAUUUACGCGGUUGACGCUGUUUUUAGGAAGUAUUUUUCAUUUCAGCAAGUUUGGUUACUUGUUGCAUGAUCAUUAACACAGCUGACUUUUUGUGUCAGUGCCAUGUAUAUUUUUGUCCUGUUAUUAACUUGUAAGCCCUAGUAAUGGCCAAUUAUUUGUACAGCAACAGAAGUAAAUUGAAGAUACUGGCUAAGACUG